UCGGACGUAUUUACGGAUGUAACACCGGAAGCACCGCCGAUCACAACUUCCACCCAUGUGUAUGAAAAGCCUUCAGUGUGAUCGACUUCGGACGCGUCGGGCUAAAGUUUUUCCUGCUUGCUUAGUUUGAUAUCAGCAGUUUGAGGCUGCCGUCCCGGUUUCCGUGGAGACAUGGCGGAGAUCGUUCAGCAGCGGAUCGAGGACCGGAUCCCCGAGCUGGAGCAGCUGGAGAGAGUGGGACUGUUCACCAAGAAAGAAGUCAAAUCUAUAAUCAAGAGGGCUACGGCUCUUGAGUACAAGCUUCACAGGCUGAUCGUGAACAAGGAGGACUUCAUUGCAUACAUUCAGUAUGAAAUCAAUGUGUUGGAAUUGAUCAGGAAAAGACGAGCGCACAUACACUAUCAGUUCAAACGAGAGGAGAUCGAGUUCCCCAUCAUCCACAGAAUAAAUAGCAUCUUCAGAAGAGCGACGAAGAAGUGGAAGGAUGAUGUGCAGCUAUGGCUUUCAUGUGUUGCUUUCUGCAAGAAAUGGGCAACCAAAGGUCAGAUCAGCAAGGUGUUCUCAGCUAUGAUAGCUAUCCACCCUGACAAACCAGCAUUGUGGAUCAUGGCCGCCAAGAGUGAGCUUGAGGAUCGAAAUUCUUCCGAGAGUGCCCGACACUUGUUCCUGCGAGCGCUGCGUUUCCACCCGAACAGCAAGAAAGUCUACCAAGAGUACUUCCGUAUGGAGUUGCUGCACUGUGAGAAGCUGAGGAAGCAAAAAGAAGAGCUAGAGAAAGCUGAUAUGGAUUUGGGUGAAUAUGAGUUUUCUGCAGAGAUCCUUAGUGGUAAACUGGCUGAGGUUGUGUACAGAGAUGCUACGGAAAAAAUCAAAGAAGCAGAAUUUGUCAUCUCACUCCUGAAGAUAGCAGCCAUCUUUGACUUUACCAAAGAACUCCAGGACUCCAUCCUGCAAGACUUACAGACAAACUACACAGAGGACAGCUUGACGUGGGAUUUCAUGGCUAAGAGGGAGUUGGAGGCUCCCGGGGCAGGGGAGGAGCUCCUCACUGCCAAAGGCCGGGCCUCGGACAUUAACCGCAGAGAAGAGCGCUGCUGCCAGGUCUACGAGGAGGGUCUCAAGAGCCUCAACACUGAGCCCAUGUGGACUCGCUAUGUAGCUUUCUGCUUGGAAAGACUAAAGAGGAAGACCAACGUCCAGGACCUUAAGGAAAAGAGGCAAAGGAGGCUGCUGGGGGUUUUACAGCGUGCCCAUGAUUCCUCACUGCUGAAGGAGAAUUAUUACAAAAACUGGCUGGAGAUCCUGCUGUCGUCGGGGGAUGCAGAGGAGGCAGCCACCGUCGCCUUGUCAGCCACCCAGCGCUAUAGCCAAUCUGUGUCGGUGUGGAGUUUGAGUCUGCAAACAUUAAUGCAGCUGGGGAGUGGAGAUAUGGCCAGGCUGUUCCACAAUGCUCUCACACAUGUUAAUCCCAAGGAGAGUCUACCACUGUGGCAGGUACAGCUCCAGUGGAGCAAGGCCAACCAGAGCGCUGAAGAGACACAAGCAAUCUUCAAGAGAGGUUUGCUGUCCCCUGUCACGGCUGUCGCCAUGGAGAUGAAAGAGCUCUAUCUUGAUUGGUCUUACUCGGUCGGAGGCUAUAAAAAAGCCAGGAAAACCUUUGCAAGUUUACAAGAAAAUCGCCCUUUGUCCAAGAGGUUUUUCACCAGAAUGAUUGAGAUCGAGAAGGAGCAGGAGACCCAGAAGAUAAACAAUCUGAGAGACUAUUACGAGAGGGUGCUGCAGGAGUUUGGGACCGCAGAUGAUGACCUGUGGCUGCAGUACAUCCAGGAGGAGAUGGGACCGCUCGGGCAGCCGGAAAACUGCGGAAAGAUCCACUGGAGAGCCAUGAAGUUCCUGGAGGGGGAGAGCGUGGAGAGAUUCACUUCCAAAUACACUCUGCUUCAGACUGGACACUUGUGAGGGGACCCUGGAAGACUGGAAGGUUAUGCAUUUGGCAAACCUUCCACAGAUAUGUCUGAAUAUGGACUUUAUUGGCCUUUAGCUGAAUUAAUUGAAAAGAUAUUUCAACCACAACCAAUUUAACUGACUUUUUGCGCAAUUUUCAACAGGACCACAAUAUCAUUUUAGGUUCAAGUGGUUGUUACAUGUUACAUGUUACAUGUUACAAGCCUGUUUUUUAGGUUCUAGUCAUGUUCUAGGAACCAUUCUUAGAUUUGAUCUUUGGGUCUGUAAUUUACUGCAUGAAUAUUAUUCCACUUAAAGAAGCUGAAGCUGUUUUACCAAACAUUUGGUUCUUUGAAUUCCCAUUUGUCUUUUUGACAAUACAGACUUUUAAGGCUGUCAUAAUAAAACAAUGUUCCAUCUGA